AUGGGGAACAAAGCUACAACAACUGUGAAAGAAGAACGCGAAGAGAUCCACUUGAAGGUUGUACCUCCAGUAGACAGGGCUUUUGUGCGUUGGCUUGCAAGAGAUCUACAGAGAGUUCAGGGAUUCAAACCGAAGAACAUUCGUGCCAUCACUCCUCCUGAUAGCUACAUCGAGUUCAUGCGGUUGAAUGGAUCGCUUGAUGUGGAUUUGGAUGACCCUGAUCUUGCCCAUUUGUUCAAGUAAAACAAAAAUGGUGGCUGCGUUUCUUUUUUUUUUUAAUAGCUCAAGCUUUUUCAAAGUCUUAGCGUCUCUUUUAAAUUAACUUUACACUUGAGCUUCUGUGUGUUUAAAUGGGAUACAAGUGUCUGCAUUCAGAUAAACAAAUGUUUCCUAUUCAGUUGUCUUGGUUGUUCAAAGUCCACACAGCAUGUUAUUUUCAUCUCUUAACAUUGCCAAAAGUUGUAUGAGCUGGUGGAUUUAAUUUGGAGGUGGGGGUUGUAGUUUAACCAGUCCCCUUGUGGUUCA